UAUAAUGUAAUAUUUAUGAUGAUUUAUUGUGUUAUCCAAGCCGACGGAUUAGUUGCACGCGUAAUGCACACAAUGCAUAUCACUGCACUGGACAUGCAACCCUAGAAAGUAUAUUGAUUUAGAUUUCAAUAUUAUUACGGGAAAUCUGAUUCAUGAAAUAGUCGAUUUCUGUAAAUCACGUCGUUGAGGUGUCUCUAAGAUGAAGUAUAAUUACAAACCUACCGCUAAGGACUAUCUUAGAAGUCUAAGACGUCGAAUAAAAGAAUCUCUCUUGGAGAAUAGUUUACACGGUGUAAAAUAUGUCAUGGAUAUUAAACGACCUAAAUGGGAAAGAAUAUCGUGGUUUAUUUUAAUAAUGUUAUCAUUCGUGGCUAUUGCUGUUACAAUCUUCGUAGUUUGGAUGAAAUUUCAAACAGAACCAACCAUAACGGGAUUGGAUUUGGAAACAGAUAUCAAAAUAAAUUUUCCCAAAAUAUUCAUCUGCUUCGAUUGGCAUCAACUAAACUAUACGCACAUACAGCAGAAUGAGAGACACGUGUACGAACAAGUAUACAAUUGGACCUGGGAAGACUACAUUGAUGAAUACGAACCAGUUUAUGAAAAAAAAGUUUUUCUCAAUGUCUUUCGUAGGAUGGCUCCUAAAUGUGGUAAUGUGAUCUUCAACUGUAAAUACAAAGGAGUUAAGCAAUCAUGCUAUAGUUUGUUUAGCAACAUUGUUGUUGCUGUGGGUGUAUGUUGCAAAUUAAAUACUGUGGAGCCUCUCGCAUAUUCGGAUGCAAACAGGGAUCUUGAAUUUGAAACAACAAGUUCAUACUAUCCUUGGAGGCUUUACUUCCAAUCAAAUACUGACAUAAGCCCAAAACGAGAAGAAAGGCCAUUAGUAAAAGCUUAUUUUCCAAUCACUCUUGAGUUUCAUAUUGAUCUAACGUUUACUACACCUGACAUUCGUUAUCUAACUCUUCGACAACGUAACUGUACUUACAAACAAAAAGGUGAUAGUUUAGACAAUUGUAUGAUGUAUCAUGUCAAAGAUCAGUUGUUGUCCCGUUGUAAUUGCGUGCCAUGGUUCUUAGCAUUCAUGGAGGAGAGAAGGAUAUGCCCGCUUUCAAAGUACCACUGUUUAAGCAAUUUUACUGUAAACCCGAACGACAUGAAUUGCUGGCUACUUUGCGACCAUACGUCGUAUGCUGUGGAUGCAAUCUUAAAAUCGAGUACGAAUACUAAUCGAAUUGUGUUAAAAUUCUGGCCACGCACUUUCAUGAAAGUAGAAAUGCGAUUCGGUUAUUUGGAUUUGUUAGUAUCAUUUGGCGGCAUUGCGAGUCUAUUUCUGGGAUAUUCUUUGUUGGCAUCUGUUGAAAUAGGAUAUUACGCUACUCUGAGAAGUUAUUGUGGGGCUGUGAUUCAUAUUUCUCGGCAACAAUAUAAUAUUACAACUAUUCACGUGACACAGAAAGUACCAAACAAAUUAAUACUUCGGCAACAAUAUCAUGAAUAUAUCGAAUAGUUGGCACAAUUCAAUAAACUUUAAUUUUCUGCAUAGGCUUUCUUUAUAGGUGUUUGAUUACUUAAUAUGUGAUUGCUUGUAACUAUAUGUAUUUCAUUCAAUUCAUUGUCAACUUAUUAUCUGUAUAGAAAGAUCAUAUUUUUUCAAAUAUGCAGAUAUGUGUCAAUAAAACUUGUUGUCAAGCGAAUAUUAUUUCCAUUUAA